AUGAAAUUCUUGGUAAGCGAUGGUCGCGUGGAUAAACAUGGUAAAUUUGCAGAUAAACGAACGACCGGAGGAUGGAAGGCUGCUCCUUUUAUCAUAAUGAACGAAGCGGUUGAGAGGAUGGCAUACAUUGCAAUAGCAAUGAACAUGACUCGUUAUUUGGUUAAUGAAAUGCAUCUAACAAUACCAGAUUCCGCCACUCAUGUCACAAACUGGAUUGGAUCUGCUUAUAUACUCACUCUUCAGGGAGCCUUUCUAGCUGAUGCUUAUUUGGGUCGCUUCAAAACAAUUAUUAUUUUUUCUUUCAUCUAUGCGGUGGGAAUGUUUAUGCUGACAAUAUCAGCAACCUACGACGUAUUCCGCCCGCAAAAAAACAAAGAAGCAAGCCAAUUCCAAAUGACAUUCUUAUUAGGUGCACUUGGCCUUGUUGCUUUAGGCACAGGAGGAAUCAAACCUUGUGUGUCAUCUUUCGGAGCAGACCAAUUUGACGAAGGGGAUGAGAAAGAAGUUCAAAAGAAAUAUUCAUUCUUCAAUUGGUUUUACUUUGCCAUCAACAUUGGUGCACUAGUUGGGACUACGGUGUUGGUUUAUGUACAAGAAAAACUAGGGUGGAGUUGGGGUUUUGGAAUACCAACUAUUACUACAAUUUUAUCUAUCUUUGUUCUAGCGAUUGGUAUUAAUUAUUAUCGUUUUCAAAAGCCAAUGGGAAGUCCUUUUACUAGGUUUCUUCAAGUUAUUGUAGCUUCUAUAAAGAAUCAUCGAAGAGGAGUGGUCGUAGAAAAAGAAACUCAUCUCUAUGAAGUUAGGACCUCGCACUCUGAUAUUAUUGGCGCUCGCAAGCUUCCAAGGACUCUACAAUACAAGUUUUUGGACAAAGCAGCGGUAGUAACACCAAAAACCAAGAUCAAUGAUAGAUGGAAUGUAUGCACGGUGACACAAGUGGAAGAAUUCAAAGCAAUCAUUAAAAUUCUUCCAGUGUGGGCAACUACCAUUGCACUUUCAAUUUGUUUAGGUCAAAUGUCAACUUUUUUUAUAAGUCAAUCCACCAUCAUGAACCGGAAGCUAGGUAACUUUGAAAUUCCAACAAGUUCAGUUACCACAUUUUCUGCCAUCAACGGGCUUAUACUUGUUCCCAUCUACGAGCAUUUCUUCAUCCCGGUUCUCCGUAAACUCACCGGCCACAAACGUGGCAUCACGUCGUUACAACGAAUGGGUGUUGGACUUUUCAUCGCAACCAUUGCUAUGGGUUCAGCUGCAUUAAUUGAAAAGAAAAGACGGGAACAAUACCCGCAAAUACAUAGCAUGAGUGUGUUUUGGUUGCUGCCUCAAUUUUUCCUAAUCGGUUCUGCGGAGGUUUUUACCUAUGUCGGACAAUUAGAGUUUUUUUACGACGAAGUGACCGACGGGACAAAGAGUAUUAGUAGUGCAUUGUUUUUGUGUGAGUCUGGAAUUGGAAAUUGGUUGAGUACAGCUUUGGUUAAGAUUGUUAUACUUACAACUGGAGGACAAGAGAAAGGAUGGUUAAGGAAUGAUCUUAAUAAAAGCAAGUUGGAUUGGUUCUAUUGGGUAGUGGCUGCUAUCAAUGCUAUCAAUUUUUUGGUUUAUUUGAUGGUUGCAAAAUUUUACAAAGGAAAAGAAUCAGUGGUUGCAAGAUCUGAUAACAUGGUUGAAUUAAACAACAAUCAACACACUGAACCAUGA